CGCAACAUCUUCUCCCUUCCCGAGACAUCUCUUCUCCUUCCCUUCGCACAAGAACAACGCAAUAUCUUCUCCUUCCAGACAUAUAUAGCCAUCGCCGCCGCUAUGGUGAAGUCCACCGCCGUUGUCGUAAGUCCACCAUCGUCGCCGUCGGAUAUCGUCAUCUCUUCUCUGGAGGCCAUCUUCUCUUCUCCGAUUGUUCUCCCGUCCUUCUUCCUCUUUUCUCUACUUCUCUCUUCCCCUCCUCCAUUUCGUUGCUUCGUCUCUUCUUUGAUUGGUAAAAAAUGCCAAGUUAAUCUCUGAAAAAGCCAUCAACAUGGAAUUCUUAUUCUACAAAAAAUUUGUUUUUGUUUUAAUUUGAGAAAAUGCCAUUAAAAUGGCAUUUUCGAUUCACAUUGGCAUUUUGAUAAAAAAAAUUGGCAUUCACAUCGGUAAUGGCUAGAUCUGCAACGAUAGAGGAUAGAUUUGCGGUGGCACAUGCCGGAUUAGUUGUGACGGUGGCCGGAUCUACAAGGGCAACGGUGGCAGCAUUUAGGGAAUUGUUUAACUUUAGUCCUACUUUGGCAAUUAAAGAUUUAUUUACUCCUAUUUAGGCUUACUCAGAUGCCUCAGACGAUUUUGAUCAUUCAGAUGACUCACUUCAUACAGAUGACUUAUUGGGACAUGCAACCGAGAGCAAUCGUCGUCCUCCUAAUUCAUAUCCAGAAGAAAUUAGGAAAUUCAAAUUCAAUACUGCGAUUUGCCUAAAAGCUAAUGUCAUAACAUCUGAGAAUUGCUUGCCGACCGAGAACUUGAAUUCGCAGCUAAAAAUCUACAGGAAAUCUAAAAAAAAGCGUCACAACAUGACAACCAGGUCCCAAUCAAGAGAUUUCCCAUGGGAUUAGCUAGUUUUUCCUUUUGCUAUGUUUUUCCUUUAAUUUAGUAUUUUUUAAUUUUCUUUCAAUAUAGCAAAAUAUCCAUACCGUAGAAUUAUUUCAUCUCGGAGCUGCAUUCUUCCAAGUAGAUAUGCAAAGAUGGGUUUGUCAUUAUAUUCGAGCUCUCAAAUGUGAGAAUUUCCCG